UAAUCUAACCUCAAUUUUAGUAACAAGCAAGUUGCAGACUGCAGCUAGCAUUUCAAAUUUCAAUAAAUUUUUCUUGAAUCUAUAUCGAUAUCCUGUUAAUUCUUCUUGUCUUUUCUAUUUCUGCGAGGAGAAAAUGGCUUCCAACGGAGACAAAGCGAAGACGAAUCAGUCAGCUGAUAGUAAAGAGAAGAAGAGGAAGGAAUCAAUCCUAGAUCUCUCCAAAUAUCUGGAGAAAAGUAUACGAGUAAAAUUUGCUGGAGGAAGGGAAGCUAGUGGAGUAUUGAAAGGUUACGAUCCCCUUCUGAAUUUGGUUUUGGAUAAUACUUUGGAAUAUUUACGAGAUCCUGAAGAUCCUUACAAGUUAACUGAAGAAACAAGAUCCCUUGGGCUGGUUGUAUGUCGAGGUACUAGUGUUGUUCUGAUAUGUCCGAUGGAUGGAAUGGAAUCCAUACAGAACCCUUUCAUCACACAGGACUAGUAGGUUUUGAUAUAAAUAUUGAGAUUGAACACAUGAACUUUUAACAUAAGAUGGACUUAAUUUGGUUCCAUCCUCUACUGAUAAGUGAAACAGUGGUUUGAUAUUGUCUAAAGCAAUGGAUAGUGUGGUCUUCUAUGAUGUCAUUUAUUUAAUUUGAUCAAUAAUACUUAUGGUGUUUUUCAUGGAGUGCAAGUUAUUGAUUGAAUGAGUAGGAUUUUUAGUUUUGUAUAAACUUUUAUUUUUCAGACUACAUAAAUCUAAAACCUCAAA